AUGAAAAGAAUUUGGACGCCUUACGUUGACAUCAUGACAUUGGGAAUUUCGCAAAGCACCGAGACAAAAGAGGAAGCGACUUUGAAGAAGUCGCCGUCCAUCACCAACAUCUCGAAGUUUGCACAGCCGAAACCGCUUCCGAUCAGCUUCAAUAUGAAGAUCAGCGAGGAGCUGGCCGAGAUCAAGACGGCAUUGACGGACCUGAAAGUGCGUUCGAAGAACAACAACCAGAGUCUCACGAAGCUGAACGAGAAUCUGGCGAGAUUCAAUGAGACAACGGGCGGCGAGGAGCGGAAAGAGCUCCAGACACUGGUGCAACAACUGCGCGAGGUUGUCGAGGAAUUGAGGGCAGGAAAGGAGCCGGGGGAGGCAGAAAAGGAGAAACAGGUUACGGAUUUUACAAAGGACCAGAUAGUGGCAGAUCAGAGCUAUCUGGAGGCCCUUCGUGCCGAGCAGACGGAACUGCUCCAGAAAAAUAAAGCGGCCACGGAAGAGCUUCUGCGCACAGAAUUGGCCGCGUCUCAGCUGCGCGCCAAAUGUGUACAGUACACAGCUCAUCUGAAGACGCUCCGGAGCGAGUUCAAGCAGCUCGAGACGGAGAAAGAGCAUCUGAUCAGCAAUCUAGAGCGUGAAAAGCAGAACAGCCACACCCCAAGUAGCCAGAAACUGCUGGAUUUGCUCACAGCAGCAUCUCUCGACAACGGUGGUACUAUCCGGUCUGGCACGCGCGCAGAAAACAAGGAGAAUCACCGCAUCUUCAGCUCCGUGUAUUAG